GGGGAGGGGGUGUGAAAGAUGCCCCAGCGACCCUGGGCUCGCCGACUGAAGCGGCAGCGAGCGAUCGCGUUACCCGGCACCGCCGCCGCCGUGCGCUCUGCGCCCCCGUCCUCGCCGUCUUCCGGCCUUCCGGCGGGAACCUGAGGAGGCGUCGGAGGGAGCAGCGGCGCGACAGAACGCCGGACUUGCGCCCGAGCCCGAGGCUCCGCCCACUCUCCGCCCGCGUCGCCGCGGAGACGACUUGCGCCUGCCUCGCUCCCCCGUUUUCAGAAUUACUGAUGUUCACAGACUGGUCUCUUCUCUGAGAUUUGUUUUGUUUUCCUCAAGAUUUGAAUUGAACUGUUUUCUCUUUUUUUUUUCUUCUUCGUUUUUUCUUAUUGUAUUUUUUCAAUUUUGAGAAAUCUUUUUUUGAGCCACUCGGGCCUGCCUCGUUGCCCCCUGAUUUUUUUUACAGACCGGUCCCUUCGCUGAGAUUUUUCUUCUUCCCUCUCUAUAUUUAAAAAUUUAUUUAAUACUUCUCUUUUUUUUUUGUCUUUUUGUAUUUGGCGGUUUUGAGAAGCGCUUUUUCUUUUUGGGCGACUCUGCGACCUCGCGGGUGGGGGCGCUGUAUGCCCGGCGGGCGCCGGCGCGGGCGCGAGGGGGAGCGGCGGGACGCGGGAUGGCGAGGGCGCUGCUCAGGCUCCAGCGCUACUUCCGGAGGAAGCCCGUGCGCUUCUUCUCCUUCAUCAUCCUCUACCUGACGGCGGGCAGCCUGGUCUUCCUCCACGCCAGCUUCACCAGCCAGACCGCGGCGUCGGCGUCGGGGUGGGGUGGGGGGGGUCGCGACCCGCUCGCGCCCGAGGCCGCCAGCGCCGCCGCCGCGGGGGGGGCAGGGCUCCCCGCCGGGCGCGGCUUUGGCCUCAUCGGCAGGGUGUUCCGCGAGAGCCGCCGUCCCGCCCAGCGCUACGGCCCCGCCCGCCCGAAACCCGCCGCCGUCCCGCGGGAGGCCCCCGAGAGGGGCGGGAGGGGCGGGGACUACACCAGCAGCUGGAACCGCGCGCUCAAGGGACGCGCCGCCAAGGACCCCGAGGAGGGCCGAGCGAAGUACGUCGGCUGCUACAUCGACGACAUACAAAAACGGGCGCUCAGAGGGGCAUCCUUUUUUGACUACAGGAAAAUGACUGUCUUCCGUUGCCAGGACAACUGCGCUGAAAGGGGCUACCUGUACGCCGGCCUGGAGUUCGGUGCCGAGUGCUUCUGCGGCCACAAGAUCCAGGCGCCCAACUCCAGCGAGGCCGACUGCAACAUGGACUGCAAGGGGGAGAAGGGCAACGUGUGCGGGGGGGCCAACCGCCUGUCCAUCUACCGGCUGGAGCUGAGCCAGGAGUCCGCGCGGCGCUACGGCAGCGCCAUCUUUAAGGGGUGCUUCAGGAGACCCGACAACGUGACGCUGGCCCUCCCCGCCGGCUCCACCAUCGCCAACAUGUCGGUGGACAAGUGCGUGGACCUCUGCACCGAAAAGGAGUUCUCCCUCGCCGUUCUGUCGGGCGAACGCUGCCUCUGCGGGUUCCCCACGCCCCGGUUCACCUUGCACGAGCGUGAGGAUGAGGAGCUCUGCCUUCACCGCUGUCCCGGGGAGGAGUUCGAAAGCUGCGGCACGGAAGAUUACUUCCUGGUCUACCAGACGCAGGUGCAAGACAAUCGCUGCAUGGACCGGCGGUUCCUGCCCACGCGCUCCAAGCACCUGGUGGCUCUGGCCAGCUUCCCGGGAGCCGGCAACACCUGGGCUCGGCACCUCAUCGAGCUGGCCACCGGCUUCUACACCGGCAGCUACUACUUCGAUGGCUCCCUUUACAACAAAGGUUUUAAAGGGGAGAGAGACCACUGGAGGAGCGGGCGGACCGUCUGCAUCAAGACGCACGAGAGCGGCAAGAAGGAGAUCGAGGCCUUCGACUCCGGCAUCCUGAUGAUCCGCAACCCGUACAAGGCCCUCAUGGCCGAGUUCAACCGCAAGUACGGCGGCCAUAUUGGAUUUGCCUCGCAGGCCCACUGGAAGGGCAAAGAGUGGCCGGAGUUUGUGAAGAACUACGCGCCGUGGUGGGCCUCCCACACCCUGGACUGGCUGCGGUACGGCAAGCGGGUGCACGUGGUCCACUUCGAGGAGCUGAAGGGGGACCUGUUCGCCCGGCUGAAGAGCAUGGUGCUCUUCCUGGGCCUGGAGGUGUCCGAGGACCGGCUGCUGUGCGUGGAGGGCCAGAAGGACGGCAGCUUCAAGCGCUCGGGCCUGCGCAAGCUGGAGUACGACCCCUACACCCCCGAGAUGCGCGCCGCCAUCGACGGGCUCGUCAGGACGGUGGACGGGGCCCUGAGAGGACGCAAGCUCCCGGGCGUUCCCGAGGAGUACCGCCCGAGAUGAUGAUGAUGAUGAUGAUGAUGAUGAUGCGAGCUUCACAUCUGCCAACCGCCCCCGCCCCCCUUUUUUUUGUUUCUCUCUCUCUCUCUCCCUUUUUCAUACUUUCGUCUCCCUCCGUUUCUCUCUCUCUCUCUCUCUCUCUCUCUUCCCCAGCCCCCCUCCUUCCCGUCCCUUCUUUCUUAGAAGGAAUGUUUGGAGAAAAGAUUGCUGAAACUGACCAAUGACUGGGCAUGCUUCAUGGGGGCAGGGGGUGGGGGUGGGGGAGGAUGGCGGGGGGGGGGGGUUCGGAGAGGAAGUUAAAUCACGGCACUGAGCGCUCCAUGUUUCGCAGAGAAGCAAGGGAGUUGGCACAGGUGCGCGUGUGUGUGUGUGUGUGUGUGAAGUCCAUGCCUUAAAAAACGAGGGACCUGUCGCUGGUUGAAUAACAAUAUUUGGGGAAUACGUCCAAAUGCAUUACGGCUGCUUUGUUUUUCAGCCAGUUAGGUUUUCACUCGCAAGGUGGAAAGCAGAAGGUGAAGGUAUAUGAAUAUAUGUAUGAACGUUGUGAACUUACAUGAAGAGGGUGCUGCUAUCACAAGUUUCCCAUACCGAAAACAAAUACUCUCUUUGUAUGAAAGUGUUGGAAAUGUCCACAGUAAGACACAAAACCAGUUUUUUGUUUUUUGUUUGUUUUUUGUUUUGUUUUUUGUUUUUUUUUCGAGGGUGGCGAUGUUCUAACUCCUACCUGGGCGGAGAAAGUCCCACACGUUCUGUGUUCUGUAUCGGGUGUUGACAAUCCUGUUCCUCGACCGUGCGCUCUCCCAGCUGUGGAAAAACGUACGUGCGUUCUGCUUUCGGUACUGCUUUUCCCACGUUUCUCAUCUCGCGUUUCAAAGAACUGCCCUCAGCGUUCCCAAGCUGAACAGCUGCGGUCGAAAGAAGACAUGGCAGGGCUGAUAUAUCAAUUGGAAGAAGGAAGAGGUACUACUGACAUCUCUUCCUCGGGUGGCGGGCAAACCUCCAGCUCUAAAGAAUUAGCUUCACAAAGUCUGCUAUGAUGGCAGAACUGUGUAUAUACAUCACUGGGUAACUGUCUGACAGCGGAAGUGGUCGAAACCGUACCGUCAAACAAAACUGUUUCAAACCUGCAUAAAAAUCUUGAAGCCAUUGUUGGGGCGAUUGGUUGCUCUUUUUUUGUCUCUACUCAUGAGUCCACAAACGCUUUCUGAAACGGGCCUAGCCGUGUUUUUAUUUUCGGUUUCGGUUUUUACAAAGUCCAAAAAAUGCAGGGGGGAAAUGUUGCUUUAAAAAAUAAUCAUUUUGAAAUUACGCUUUCCGAGAAUAGAGUUUAAUGGAACAGCACUGUGUGCUGGUUUUGAAUCUCACUGUGUUCGGGUUCGAGGUUUAUUGUUGAGCUUCGUGCUAACUGAUCAAUUUCAACCCCUGCUAACCGAUUCUCUGUAGAAUCUGAUAGAACAAUUACAUCUUAGGCCAUCAACCUCAUCCACCCACACGGUGCAUGUUGAACAGAUUGUGCAAUUAUUUAUCAGUCACACACACAAAAAAAAUAACAAUUUCUCUCCUGAAUGAAGCCUCAAUUACUCAUUGGACUCGCAAUCUUCCAGGUUUUUCACAGGGGGUGGUUUUUCAGGGGCCUUUGCUAGGUAAAAGGUUAUUGAAAGGAUUGAAUAGAAGAUAAACAACAGGAUUAUUGUUAUUAUUUUUGUCUACAAUGGUGCGAACGCUGAAGACACUUAACGGACGUGAAACGAAUCUAGAUUUUUUUUCCAAAUGAGAUGUAGGCCUACAGUAAUUGGUUUUGAGCUCCACCUCAGCUUUGCUGAUGGGGUAUUUAACUGCUGGUUUCAUGUCAGUCUCGGCUUAAGGGGAAAAAAAUAUGAAUUUGCCUUUGUUUAAUUCUAGAAGCAAUGUUUUCUGGUGCAGUAACUAAAUUACUCUCUUUUAAACGGUUGCUGCUUCGGCCCACAUUAGAUGGAAAGUCAUUAGAAAGGGAGAAAAAACACGAGUCUCUCCGUGAGGAUUUGGUUAAUGCAAAUUAGCACACGGAGCAGAGCUGUUUAUUGCAUUUCUUCACUAUGAUCCCCCAUGUUCAAAGACAAUUUAUGCUGCACUGUAAGGUGAUUAGCAAUAAAGUGCUCACAACAUUUUUCAAUCUUGUGUGGAACUGUGACCAGGAUGAAGUUAUUAUUAAAUAUACUCCCUGGCAAAAUCAGGAAAGAGAUGUUUAAUUACACGAAUAGAGCAGACAAUUCAGCUGUCAGCUGUUAACUGUUCAAUACGGGAAAAUAAAUCUUGUACGCUGGAUUUCUGGCCAAACGCGACAGAUUUGACCAGUUAAAAAAAAAAAAAAACCGGCAUUUCUCUAUUUGAACUUGAUUGUUUCCACCAGGCACUGUUGUUUUCCAAGCACAUGACAUACUGUACGAUUACUGACCGUAAAAUUUGAUAAUGUCCAAUAUAACUUUUCCCCAUUAAACUGCAUUCAAUACAUAUUUGCUGCUUGUUGGUUCUCCACAGUGCUGUUGUUGGUUAGCAUUUGCAUUAACUGUAUGUAAAAAAAAAAACUUAGCGAGGUUUGACUGUUUUUAGACUUAUUAGCGUUAAAAUGUUACCCAUGGUAGAAGAGUUUUUUUUAAAUUGUUUUUUUGGUUUAUUAUUACUUUUGUUUUGUCCUGUUUUCCUUAGACAACUAAAGGAUUUAGAUUUGCCGGAUUAGACUUUUGUUGCUGCUAACGUUCCAGUUGCCUGGCAACGCGAGCAAAGCGCUGUGUCAUGAACUUUUCCGGUUAGACACCGAAUCGACACUAAUAAGCCCUUCUCAAGUACUAAAUGUGCAAAUCCCUUCAAAAAAGCAUAAAGAAAUAAUGGGGUGUCUGAUGAAUUUAAAUAAUAAUGCUAUUUCAGUAUAUAUUUUUAUAACACUGACAAAAAAAAUGGAUUGAACGUUAUUUUUAAUGCAGAUGGAUGUGCGGAGAGAACAGGAUGCUAUCGGGUGGUGUCACUUUGAAUGUAUUUUGUAAUGGAAUGAAUGUAAUGUGUUUCUACCAAAAAUAGAUUUGAAUAAAUCGAUGAGAAAAAAUGCUUAAAGAUCCUGUGCAAUCUCAAGACAUCAUGUUUCUGGUAUGCUUGACCAAAACACUCAUGUAUAUUUCCAAAAAUAUGGAAAUCAAUGAUAUGUUCCCUUUUUAAAAUUAACACUGACAUUAUAAGGUUAAUGCACUUACCUGGAGUAUAUUCAGGAUGUACCUAUAAUUAAAUGUUUCCUAAUAUUCUGA